GCUGAACUCUUAAAGAGAACCUCCCUUCUUCCUCACGGUGCUCCAGCUUCGCACAAUGUACUGAGCCUCGCCAGCCACCGUAGGCGAGGUCGCGGCGCGUCCGUGACGUCACUUGUGCGCGCUUCUGCCGCACUAAGGGAAACAUGGCUCUAUCGCGGCCAGUGAGGCUCUUUUCCCUCGUGGCUCGGUUGAUCCUGGCGCCCCGACGAGGUCUCACGGUCCGCAGUCCCGACGAACCCCUGCCGGUGGUGCGCAUUCCAGUGGCUCUACAGCGGCAGUUGGAACAACGGCAGAGCAGGCGGCUGAACCUCCCGAGGCCGGUGCUGGUUCGACCUGGACGGCUGCUGGUCUCGGCGCGGCGGCCGGAGUUCAACCAGCCGGCGCGCCUCACACUGGGCCGUUGGGAGAGCGCGCCGCUAGCCUCUCAAGGCUGGAAGAGUCGACGUGCGCGUCGGGACCACUUCUCCAUCGAGCGCGCGCAACAGGAGGCGCCAGCUGUGCAAAAGCUCUCGUCCGAGGGCAACUUUGCUGACCUGGGCCUGGAGCCCCGUGUGCUGCACGCACUACAGGAGGUUGCGCCUGAAGUCGUUCAGCCCACAACCGUGCAGUCUAGCACCAUCCCCCAACUACUUAGCGGCCGCCACGUCCUUUGCGCCGCAGAAACCGGCAGUGGCAAGACUCUCAGCUACCUCCUGCCGCUGUUUCAACGGCUCGUGGGCCAGCCAAGCCUGGACUCCCUUCGUAUCCCCGCUCCCCGAGGCCUAGUCCUUGUUCCUUCCCGAGAACUGGCCCAACAGGUGCGGGCUGUGGCCCAACCCUUGGGCCGCUCCUUGGGCCUGCUGGUGCGGGACCUGGAGGGAGGCCACGGCAUGCGCAGGAUCAGGAUGCAAUUGUCCAGACAACCUUCAGCAGAUGUGCUAGUGACCACUCCAGGGGCUCUGUGGAAGGCCCUGAAAAGUCGACUGAUUAGUCUGGAGCAACUCUCGUUCUUGGUGUUGGAUGAGGCUGACACACUGCUGGAUGAAAGCUUCCUGGAACUGGUGGACUACAUCUUAGAGAAGAGCCACAUAGCAGACGGCCCAGCUGACUUGGAAGACCACUUCAAUCCCAAAGCUCAGUUAGUGCUGGUAGGAGCCACAUUUCCCGAAGGUGUAGGCCACUUGCUGAAUAAAGUUGACAGCCCAGAUGCUGUCACCACCAUCACCAGCUCCAAGCUCCACUGUAUCAUGCCUCAUGUGAAACAGACAUUUCUGAGACUGAAGGGAGCAGAUAAGGUAGCCGAGCUGGUGCACAUUCUCAAGCAUCAUAACAGAGCAGAAAGGACUGGCCCCUCAGGAACUGUUCUGGUGUUCUGUAAUAGCUCCAGCACUGUGAACUGGCUGGGAUAUAUUCUGGAUGACCACAAAAUCCAACACCUAAGGUUGCAGGGGCAAAUGCCAGCCUUAAUGAGGGCAGGAAUCUUCCAGUCCUUCCAGAAGAGCUCCCGAGACAUACUUCUCUGCACAGACAUAGCCUCUCGGGGCCUGGAUAGCACUGGUGUGGAGCUGGUUGUCAAUUAUGAUUUCCCCCCAACGCUGCAAGAUUACAUCCACAGAGCAGGGAGAGUGGGCCGUGUGGGGAGCGAGGUUCCAGGCACCGUCAUCAGUUUUGUGACCCAUCCCUGGGAUGUGAGCCUGGUUCAGAAGAUUGAGCUGGCGGCUCGCCGAAGGAGAAGUCUUCCAGGACUAGUAUCCUCGGUGAAAGAGCCUUUGCCGCAGCAACCUGAUUUUGACAAAUCUGAUUAAAAUGUGAUGCUAGAACAGGGAUCUUUCCCAGUAUCUUGGGUGGGUGACCACAUUUGUGAGUGGGAGGCUCUGGGCUGCCGUCAGCUCCUUGAGGGUAGGAUGAACUGCCAUGUGACUUAGAAAGGUAAGAUGCUAGCCAGCAUUGGAGAAGAAGCUGCUGAGCAUGGCUUUCUGUAGUCUUUCACAAGACACAAGUGGAUUUUGACUUUGUAUCAUGUCAUGAUUUCUAACAAUAAAUGAUAUUUUUAUGUGCCUCCCCUAA